AUGAAAUUAAUAAAGCAACUUGACAUAGUUUUACUUCUUUUAUGGUGCAUUUUAUCAUUUAAUUUUAUAGAAAAUGUAAACUCCAGCCUUAUUUCACCUAUUUUACCACCGUAUCAUAUUUGUCUUCGUUCAAUAGAAGGCCCAGUAAUUUAUCCAAGUGAUUCACGAUUCCAAUCAUUAAUUAUUGAUGAUAACAUUCGUGUAAAUUAUACACCAUCAGUGUUAGUUUACGCGGUUAAUAAUGAAGAUGUAAAAAAUGCUGUUAAGUGUGCUGUUAAAUGGAAAACGGAUAUAGUUCCACGUUCAGGUGGUCAUUCAUACGAAAAGUAUAGCUUAGGCGGUAGAGAUAACGUUAUUGUGUUGGAUGUGACAUUAAUCAAUGACAUUACAAUUAAUUCAAAUUCAGAACCGAAAACUGCUAAAAUUGGUGCGGGAAACAGGUUGGGUAACAUUUAUGUUAAAUUGAGUGAAGCCGGUUUCUUAAUUCCGGCCGGAACUUGUCCUUCUGUUGGCAUUGGAGGUCACGCUCUCGGGAUUGGAUAUUGCAGUCGUACUUAUGGUAUAACUUGUGAUAAUGUUAUUUCUAUGGAAAUGGUUAACGCCAAAGGAGAGCUUUUACACAUUGAUUCUACUUCACAUCCCAAACUAUUCUUUGCUCUAAGAGGAGCAGGUGGAGGAAGUUACGGCAUAGUAACGUCUUAUGUCUUUCAUAUUCAUCCAGCACCACCACAAGCUACAUAUAUGAGAUUUGCAUUUAAUCGUACAAAUUUGGCUCAAGUGCAUCAACUUAUUUUUGCUUUGAAUGAAGUUGGCCCAUUAAUUGACAAUAAAAUUGGUCUUAAACUGAGGUUAUUUAAAACAUCAUUAAUAGCUACUGUAUUAUAUUUAGGUCCACGUACAGAAGCAAAAAAUGCAAUGAAAGAUUUCUUAUCUAAAGCACCAGAACGGAUUUCAUCAGAAUAUAAUCAACUAACAUUUCUUGAAGCUAUUAUAGCAGUUGCUGAUGUAUCUGAAUAUGACAUGUAUCAUCCAUCGCAUCAUCCAAUUUUCUUUAAAUUAAAAUCUUUUUAUGUUAAUCAAGGUGAAGGAUUAAAUCAGGCAGCUAUAAAUGAUUUGGUAGAUUUUUCGAAUAGAGCUUCUUGCGAAGUUUUGACUACAUUCGAUUUAUAUGGUGGGAAAAUAAAUAUAGAUAGACAUAAUACUUCAUUUGUACAUCGUAAUGCACUUUAUUGUAUACGUAUGCAAAUGGAAAGUUAUGAAGCACUAAGUCCUCAAUGUAUUGAUGAAAUGGAUAAUUUCGGAAGACGUUUUCAAUAUAAAAUUAAUUCUACUUCUAGUUAUCAAGGUUUCAUUGAUAGAUCAUUAGAUAAUUGGCAAUCACGUUAUUACGGUAACAUUUUUGGAAAAUUGGUGGAAAUAAAAAAUGAAUAUGAUCCUAAUAAUUUAUUCAAUUUUCCUCAAAGUAUUCCUAUAUCAUAUUAG